UAUUACUGCAGCCAGACAUUUGAAAUUAAUUAAAACUAACACGCAUAUGAGCUCCAUUUCACAAUAAAAGACCAAAAAUACAAAUUAACAGUGUUAAUUAAUACAGAUUCACUAAUUCUUCACAUUGCGUGUCACAUUCAUAAUAUAUAUAAUGUUAUGUGGCCACACCUCUUGUUUUCUGAAGGAGCUCUCAGCUGGACCACUACAAAUAACUGAUCCUCCUCCUCCUGCAGCCUCCAGACCUGCAGCAUCCUCUGGACCUUUCAGGAACCAAGCAGCAAGCAUGAAUCAAAGCGUCUGGAGCGAAGGGAUGUACUCUUCCAGCAGCGUUUGCCUGGACGGCUGCACUGCAGAACAUCUUUCCCCGUUUCAGCAUUCAGAGGCAUUAAGUGUUUCUGCGACUUUCCACAGAGACGGCGAGAGCAUGAAAACGCUACCCGACGGUUCUUAUUACAGCACCAGAGACGCAGCUUCUGGUCUGAUCUGUUCAAACCAGCUCAGUUCAUCCAGAGACGACACCGCUGGACAUUUACCCAACCCCUACCUCCACCAGGACUGGAACCUGAACAGCGGUCGCCAGGCAAAGCGAGCAAGAGUGGAAAAUAUCAUCAAAGGUAUGACCGGCUCUCCUGGUUUGUGCUGCUCAGGUGUGACAACAGAUCAGGACUGUGUGCAGGAAGAAGAAGAAACCAUUGAAGAGCUGCCUUUAAAUCUGAAACACUUGGACCGAAGUGGAUCGAGUCAAAGUCGGGCAACAAGAAAACAGAACCUCAGACAGCUCAGAACAAGAUUCAGUCACACAGAUGAAAGAAGUGAAAUCACAGACAGCAGCAAGGAGGAGAAAUACCCCAGAGAUUCUCCUGAAACAUCUUUGAGUGACACGUUUACUGACCCGUACUGUGAGUUUGAAAGCAGAAAACAUCAAGGGUGGAAGAAGGUGAAGCUCAUGAGCUACUUUCAGUCCAAACCGGAUCGGAUAAAGCUGAUGGCAGAUGUUUUAAAGCAUGAACUGUCCAGAGCUGUGAGCAGAAGUGUGGACUCGAUUUUCAAAAGCAUGCCACUGCUACAGACUAACGAUGUGGAGAACGUAGAGACUGAUAUGGAUCUUCAGUCGUCGACACGUAGAGAUAAUAAACUUCCUUGCUGCGGGGCUACAGAGGUACCAGAUGUUCAGACAGAAGCUUUAUCUCUGGUUUUGCAGAAGCCUAACGUGGAAACAUCCAACAAGUUUGUCCUCCAGUCCAGGCUGAAACCUCGCCAUCGUCCCAAAUCUCCAAACACCUUCAGCCACGACUCGGCUCAGCGUGAGGAUCGAGUAUCAGAGAAGAACCACAAAUGUUUGCCGGAAGUCGCUCAGUCGAAGUUUGAGGCGUUUGAUGCGCAUUGGAAUUCGGUCAAAGUGAGAUCGAAGGUCAACUCCAGAUCGGUGAGAAGUCCACAGAUUCACACUGUGUCCGUGGAUCCAAUGCUUCUGGAGACUCUGUGUCUCCCUCACGUGAAGAUCGAGUCGGACAGCCUGGUGAAGAACAACCUGUACAUGCUGAAUGAGGGUCUGACCACAAACCAUCUGAAGAAAGCAAAGCUCAUGUUCUUCUACACUCGCUACCCGAGUUCUCUGGUGCUGAAGAUGUGUUUCCACGAUGUACAGUUCACGCGCUGCAUCACCUCCCAGCUCAUCAAGUGGUUCAGUAACUUCAGAGAGUUCUACUACAUCCAGAUGGAGAAGUUCGCCCGUCACGCUCUGAUGGAGGGGGUGGCCGACGCCCGGCGUCUGGCUGUGGGCAGAGAAUCAGAACUUUUCAGAGCUCUUAACAUGCACUACAACAAGGCCAAUGACUUCCAGGUCCCUGAGAGAUUCCUGGAAGUUGCUGAGAUCACACUGAGGGAGUUUUACAUUGCCGUUUCAAUGGGGAAGGAUCGAGAUCCAUCCUGGAAGAAAGCGAUCUACAAGGUGAUCUGUAAACUGGACAGCGACGUACCAGCCGAGUUCAAAAGCCAGCACACUGGAUAGGAACCACGCAGAAGACAUUAAUGUGCCACAGCGGUUAUUGUCACAAUGUGGACUUACUCACUUCUUGGUCAGCAAACUGCUUUGUCUUCAUGUAAACACAAACAAUAUUGUAAAAUAGCUGAGCCAUCUGUUAAGUGAAUGACAGGCCUUAACAUCUUUAAUCUCCAUGAAUGUGCCAGACUGUUGGCAGUGGAGUCUUAAUAUGUCACAGACAUUCUCAGCUGUUAUUGUUGCCUCAUUGGGGUGGUUUGAUGUAAUAUGUACUUUGCUAUAUUAAACACAUUACAUAGCAAUAAUACAUAUUUUGCAGGAUUUUACCAGUGAAGUGUACUCUGGUCACAGAGAUCAUAUUUUCUGUUUUUUUUUUCUCGGUGGAUAUUUUUCUGUAAUAAACACAAAAUAAGGUCCACACCAAGUAAAGAAAAUGUUUAAUGUUCAAGGACAGAGUUUGAAAAUGACAAAUGUAAUGAUAAAUUUACAGGAUAUACACAAACAGAAAUUCCUGAAACUGUUCAAAUGCUUCUUUCUCUCUUCCAUACUCACCAUAUGGAUCCAUCCAUUCAUUUUCCAAACAAUAUACUGUGAGACUUGUUGUCCAUUGGGCAAAUUAAAAAUCGU